AUGGCGUGGAGAGGUAACAACGAUAGACUACAAGAAAUGGGUAUUGAUUUGCCUAGUUACUUUACAAGAUGUUUGAACGUUAGCGAGCAACAUUGGAACCUUUCGUCAUUGUUGAUACCUGAUUAUUUCAGUGGCACCACCUGUGCUCCCCCGGAACCUGAGUUUUUUGACGUUAACAAGUGGCAUACUGCCCUGGCCAGCUACAUGGGGUCGGGAAAUACCUGGGUCCGUCAUAUUAUAGAGUAUAUCUCAGGUGUUGUGACAGGCAGUAUAUACGUUGAUCGAGAUUUGCUAAAUGAAUUUAAAGGUGAAGGUCAAACAGAAAAUGUGAUGGUAAUAAAGACCCAUGAGUUAGCCAGUCGACACAGACGGACAUACAACCGCGCAGUGAUCCUGCUAAGACACCCAGCGGAUACCAUUAUGACCUUGUACAACUACGAGAGGUCAAGGUCACAUACUGGUCACGUGGACAAAUGGAUGUUCGAAGCUGAUGACUGGAAGCUGUUUGUACAAAGCAACAUAUUUUCCUGGCAGAGGUUUUACCAGAGCUGGACUGAAGACUUUUCAGGGCCAAAAUUCUAUCUCUCCUACACCAGACUACAAACUGAAUUUUACACAGAACUGCUACGACUCGCUCAGUUUCUAGACAUUCCUGUCACAUUUCAAAAGUUGUGGUGUUUGAAAAGAGAAAUGGAAAGUGGUUACCAUAGAAACAAGGCUCCCUGGAUUGACAGGGGUUCAUUUAACAAAGACAUGAUGAAGGCAUUAAAUCAAUCUGCUAGUUUGGUGAAGAAAGCAUUUACAGAUGUGUUUGACACUAGUGUGGAGGAUUUGAUAUGAAAUUGUUCAAUGUAUUACGCAAAUAACCAGGGGUUCUAACACCUUGUUAUUUUUAAUCCUGAAAAAUAACUUGCGACUGUUUGAGCAUGAGGGAUUCAAAUAUUUUAUUUCAAUAAGACAAGGCAGCAUCGAAUUGUCAAUACAAGCUAGUAUGAGGCCGAUUAUACAUCAUUUUACAUGAUUAAUCGAAUAUUUUGUUGCUGUCUCAGCUGAGUUAACCCGUUUAAAAUUAGCGCAUAAUUGUUACCCAGUUUAUAGUGUGUAUAUAUUUAUAUGUAUUUAGCAUGUGAAGUCACGUACCGACGUUAUUUUUAAAUUGCUUGGGUAGACAGGCCCAGUAAAUUUUGAAUUCGAAAAAAUCGCAAAAACUACGAAAGGUACAUGUGUCGUAAGGAAUGUGAUACAUCAGUAAGUGCGAUUCAAUGCUUUGGACACAACGAUAUCAAUUUUAUGUGUGUGACAAUUUUCUUUUUUUCUUGCAAUGUAUU